GUCCCCUUAGGCCCAGGUUUACCCUCUACUUCAACCCAAAAAAGGAAAAAGGUUUGACUGUGCAAGUAUCUUCCCUCGCUCUCUCUCUCAACUAUCCGGUCGACUUUCUCAACCACAAAUAGAAGCGCUGCAACUUUCUUAUAAUCUCUCUAAAUGGCACAGAGACUAGCUCUUCCUAUUCUCCUUCCAAAUCCUCCACCUUCAAAACCCCGAUUUUUAAACCAAACUCACCAUCAACAACAAAACCCAACUUCACUGCCCAAUUCACCGUCUCCCUCAACUCCAAUCCUUCAAGACCUCCUCCUUCGACAUAACGCCAAGACCCAACAACCCAUCGAUCCACAAGUCCGGACCCGUCUCGGUCGCUCACGUGACCCCAACCGUGGAAAGCCUUGGACUCAUAAAGGCCUUUCUACUCAAGGUCAGCAGGUUCUUAACUCCUUAAUUGACCCUUCUUUUGAUUCCAAUCAACUUGACAGUGUUUUGGCUAAGUUAUUUGAGCAAUACCAAGAAAACCCAGAUGCAAAAAUUGAUUUUUUGACUGCUGAAGUGCUGGGAAUUGUUAAAGGUUUGGGUUUUUACAAGAAAUCUGACUUGGCUUUGGGUGUUUUUAAUUGGGUUAAGGGUAGAAAAGACUGUGAAUUAGUUCUGAGUAGUUCUGUUGUUGCUGUUGUUAUUAGUAUGCUAGGAAAAGAAAGGAGGGUUUCUGUUGCAGCCAAUCUGUUUAAUAGCUUGCACAAAGAAGGCUUUAGUCUUGAUGUUUAUGCUUAUACUUCUUUGAUAUCUGCGUAUGCGGGUAGUGGGAGGCAUAGGGAAGCCGUGGUGGUUUUUAAGAAAAUGGAGGAAGAGGGUUGCAAACCUACUUUGGUAACUUAUAAUGUGAUUUUGAAUGUGUAUGGUAAAAUGGGCAUGCCUUGGAGUAAGGUCAUGGCUCUUGUUGAUGGGAUGAAGAGUGAUGGAGUUGCCCCAGAUGCUUAUACUUAUAAUACACUUAUAAGCUGCUGUCGUAGAGGGUCUUUGCAUGAGGAAGCGGCUUUGGUUUUUGAUAAAAUGAAAAUGGCUGGCUUUAGUCCAGAUAAUGUUACUUAUAAUGCACUGUUGGAUGUUUAUGGAAAGUGUCGGCGUCCUAAGGAAGCCAUGGAGGUUUUAAAAGAGAUGGAGCUUAAUGGGUUUGCCCCUAGCAUUGUGACUUAUAAUUCGUUGAUUUCUGCUUAUGCUAGGGAUGGUCUAUUGGAGGAAGCAAUGGACUUGAAAACACAGAUGGAGGGAAAAGGGAUUAAGCCUAAUGUUAUUACCUAUACCACUCUUUUGUCAGGAUUUGAGAAGGCCGGGAAAGAUGAGUCUGCAAUGGGGGUUUUUGAGGAGAUGAGAAGUGCUGGUUGCAAGCCAAAUAUUUGUACCCUCAAUGCUCUAAUUAAGAUGUAUGGUAACCGCGGAAAGUUUACUGAGAUGGUGAAGGUUUUUGAUGAGAUCAAGGCAUGUAAUGGUGCACCAGAUAUUGUUACCUGGAAUACACUAUUGUCAGUUUUUGGGCAAAAUGGGAUGGGUUCAGAAGUGUCAGGAGUAUUCAAGGAGAUGAAGAGGGCAGGGUUUGUACCUGAAAGAUACACUUUCAACACCUUAAUUAGUGCAUACAGUCGAUGUGGUUCUUUUGAUCAAGCCAUGACUGUUUAUAAGAGAAUGCUGGAAGCUGGAGUUACCCCAGACCUUUCUACAUAUAAUGCUGUUUUGGCAGCAUUGGCACGGGGAGGGCUUUGGAAACAGUCUGAGAAAAUACUGGCUGAAAUGAAAGAUCGUCGGUGUAAACCCAAUGAGCUAACUUACUGUUCUUUGCUUCAUGUUUAUGCCAAUGGGAAGCAGAUAGAUCGGAUGCAUGCCCUUGCAGAAGAGAUAUACUCUGGUAUCAUUGAACCUCAUGCUGUGCUCUUAAAUACACUUGUUUUGGUUAGUAGUAAAUGUGACCUUCUUGAGGAAACUGAGCGUGCUUUCUUGGAGUUGAGGAAGAACGGAUUUUCACCUGGCAUAACUACUCUAAAUGCCAUGGUCGCAAUAUAUGGCAGGAGGCAGAUGGCUUCCAAGACAAAUGAGAUAUUGAACUUCAUGAAUGAGAGUGGAUAUACUCCGAGCUUGGCAACUUACAAUAGUUUGAUGUAUAUGUAUAGCCGAUCUGAGAAUUUUGAGGAAUCAGAAAAAAUUUUGAGGGAAGUUUUGGCAAAAGGAGUAAAACCUGAUAUAAUUUCGUAUAACACUGUUAUUUAUGCCUAUUGUAGAAAUGGUCGAAUGAAAAAGGCUUCACGAAUCUUUUCAGAAAUGGGCGAUUCUGGCCUCGUUCCAGAUGUCAUCACUUACAAUACAUUUGUUGCAAGUUAUGCAGCUGAUUCAAUGUUUGAGGAGGCUAUUGAUGUGGUUCGUUACAUGAUUAAGCAUGGCUGUAAACCAAACCAAAAUACGUACAAUUCCAUAGUAGAUGGAUAUUGUAAACUCAAUCGUCAGGAUGACGCGAGGACGUUUAUUAACAGCCUUCAGAAGCUAGAUCCGCAUAUUUCCAAGGAUGAGGAAAUUAGAUUAUCAGAGCGUAUUGUGGAAAAAUGGUCAUAGAAGAUUGUCUUGCAUUAAAAAAGAAUCUGUAUUGGGUUAUCACUGUUUGCCAUUCGAGCAUGGAGAGAGCAGAAAUUUGUUGUACAUGAUUCUGUGUUUUUCCUUUGAGGCCAGUAUGUGAUCUUUAGCAUUGUCAAUGCCUAGAGCUGUGAUGAGCUAACACUUGCAGCUGGUGGGGAACUUUGUAUCGUGCAGCCGAUGAGACAAGAAAGAGCAAUGGAGAAAGAAAUGGGGAAAGAGGGGAACUGAAAAUUUUCAAGGAAUGCAUUAAGGAUGUAAAUAAUACAUUAGUACUUGUAAGUUAUUCAGGUUUGACUUGAAUAAAAUUUGAAUUUGAUUAGAUUGUUAUUGAGUCGAGCUCGGAUUUGUGUAACUUGAUUUAUC